ACCUGAGUGACAUCAUCCCCGUUCUUCACGACUGAGUCGCUGUACUACCUGAACAGACCGGGCCGUCCGCGAUGCCGAUCCAGAACCACGUGGUAUUGCUGCAGGCAAUUGUGUUUCUAGCCUUUGUGUCAUCAGCAUACUGCUACUGCCAACGACCUGGGUUCAUCUGUAUGAACAACGGAAAUUGCACGUUUGAAAAAAAGUGUAUAUGCGACAAAGACUGGGCUGGCUACGACUGUCGGUCACCUUCAAAGUAUGUAGACUGUUACAAGAGGUGCAGCAAUCACGGAACAUGUGUGCUUGGAACGUAUUGCUACUGUGACUUUGGCUAUUAUGGUGAUAACUGUGAAAAGAAGAACGAAACAAUAACAUGCAAUAUGUUUAGUAUGGAUGUAACUAUGCGAACGCCAGGCCAACGUUUUAUAAGCCUCCAUGGAUAUGAUGACUGUACUCUGAAAUUUGACAAGCCGUCAUUAGCAAAGAAUGAAUAUGCCUUCAAGCGUACGUUCCCCAUGGUGCCAAAUCGCGGAACGCCUUGUGACGGUUAUCGAAGAGAGCAACUUGGGCCCGGUGUGUUUUCAUACACAAUGGCCAUGUCCGUACAACGCAAGAAGCAGACAUUUGCACCUUUGGACUGGAUGACAGAAUUCACGUGCACAUAUGAGAGAACCGCGAACGGUACAGUAAAGACGAAUGAAGACUACAAACGAUUUGAAGUUGAUAUCGUGGAUUAUUUGCAAUAUCCUCUUUUAAAUGGUGCCGGAACCACACAGAGCAAAGAAUUUUCCUUGGUAUUUUUCUCCAAUAUUACCGAUCAUGAAGUCUUAGUGGUGGAAUUGGUUAUGCACAACGUCAUGAAUUCUAUGAAGAUGCACGAACUUAUUGUGGAUGGGUGUAAGACAUUUAGCGGUGAGAAUUUGAUCAUGAAUGACCAAUUUGUAGCGGAUCAUCUUCGUCAAGAUGGCAACAGGGUGACGGGGACAUGGGUCACUAUUAACCCUCUAAACGAAGCCAUGGAGAUCUACUUCGACUACAAAGUGAGGGUAUGCAGUGGUCAGUGUUCAAAGCCCGUCUGUGAUGUAAAACGAAUAGCUGAAACUCAGCCAGGAGUACGCAUUGUGUUGCAAUGAUUGUGAAGUUCUGGAUGGAUUCGGGCCUGUUUGAUAUGUACCGAUGUACCAGAUAUUAUCUGGAAAAUUCACAUUUUGUUACAUGCUUCCAUCUAUAUGGGCACCAAACAAUUGCUUGUAAGGGCUGAUCUUAAAGAUUCGUUUUACAUUUAGAACAUUUGCUUUGUAAAUCAUACAUAGCUAUACUAUAGUAUUCGAUUGUUAUUGUUUUAAGCUGAUGUGGAAAUAGUCAUUAACAGGCAUUAUCAUUGUGUCAUCUAAUGUAUGUGGUUACAGCGAGAUAAAAUUAGCAACUUAUUAUCAACACACAGAUACUGAUUGUAAUAAAACAACAGCGAAACACAAAUGGUGUCCCCUUUUGUUGUGGGUUUGAUUCCGCUAGAUGAUGAAUUUUAUUGUUGAAGCAAUUUGGAAUAUAAUAAAGUACAAUAGUAAUUGUU